AUGGCUUGGCCGCCCUCGACCGAAAUCCGCCAGCCCGCUUGUCUUCCUCCCUGCCCAUGGUCGUCUCUCGCUUACCCCCCACUGACCACGCCGCACCACCGCCAGUGUUCUGAUUCUCCGUCUUUUGAGUCUCUACACAAGACGACCUCCGACCACUCCUUGGUCACUGUGCGACCUCAGUUCGGGAGAUUGAAUCCGCGCUGCUUUCACCCACUGGUCAUCGCUUCUCUGACCGCCACCAAGGCAUCGUCCACCGUCAAGAUCUUCAAAAUUGGGAUGGGAAUACAAGAAAAUGGUGACAAAAUUUUAGUGUUUUUGACAAGAAUUUUGAGUGGGCUGUUUGAUUUUGGAUUUGGGAAGUUAUAG